AUGCUCAGAGCAGAACAGUUGCUACAACACUUAGCGUCAGGCAAGAUAUCUACACCGCAAGACUUUCUUAAAGCCAUUGGUCGUUCUUCAGAGACCAAAAUAUCUAUAGACAGCUGGGACGCGUUCUGGCGCACAUCAGGAUGGGAUAUGAAGAAUGCUGGGUUGAGCAUCCAAGACCGGAGGUAUAUUCUUUGGUGCAUGGAAAAGUUCAGGCAGAACCAACCGAUAGAAGGGUUCGCCCAUGAGGAGAGACCCAAGAAGAAAAUACGGGGUCGAGGUCCCGCUGUUCAAUUCGGAAAGCGCAUUCGCUCGCGGAGAGAUCGGUAG